UUCCCAGGCUCUACAUGGAAAACAGCCCAGUCUGCCUUCUACAUAAAGGACCCCGACGUGAUCGGCAGCCCAGUCCCAGCCCGGGGGACGCAGAAGCUGCAGGAGAGGAUUUCCAUCGCUCGCGGAGCACUCACUCACUCCGUGGUGGAGUACUUCUGAUGGAUCUGGAUGGAGCUGCAGUACCUUCCUAGCUUCGGGACUUAAUGGUAUCACAGGUGUCGGGCUCUUGGUUUUCUGAUAUGCACAAGGGCCACUUCUUUGUCGCAGUAACAGAAUGUCCGCAGACAGCGACCGCUGGGUUCCUGAGGAUCAGGAGAGCGUCACCAGCAAAUUGCAGCGCAAGAUGAAACAGUCCCCCCUGGUCCCUGUCGGACUGGUGGGAUUUGCUGUGGUUGCUGCUUAUGGACUGUAUCGCCUAAAAGGAAGAGGCGACAUGAAGAUGUCCGUGCACCUCAUUCACACCCGUGUCGCUGCUCAGGCAUGUGUUGUGGGUGCCACUGCACUGGGGACUUCCUACACCAUGUACAAGGAGUACAGGCAGAGACUGGCAAAGCAGAAGUCAAUGGUCCCCGAGCAGCAGGCGAGAGGACACUCAUCGGAGAAGUGAACAGCAGCACUCACUACCUAACAAGGCUGAGGAUGGACUCAUCGCACUGAUAAUCUUCUUCAAUUUAAGUGUAUAUAGAUUUCUCUGGCUGUUGAACCACAUCAACACAUUUUAAUGUAGCGUGUGACCUGCUAGAUGUACAAGGAAGAUGGCAGUUUCCAUGGAGAUCCCAUAUGCGACAACCAUAUUGCAAUGUUAAACGGAUUUUUGAAUAUAUAUCUUUGCAUAACCUCAGUCAUCCAAACCAGAGAUGAUGGAAGCACUGUACCUUUUAUAAGAAAGCAAUAUGGUUGUUCACAAUGGUUAGAGGCACACGAUUGUGCAUAUCACGUUAGUAUGAAAGUGGACAGCUUCAUGGCAUUGAUGCCAGGACAGUGAUGUAGAGAGGCUUGGGCUGCGCUAAAGCUUUAUAGCUUUCAGAACUCGGAUUCUCAAAAAUAUCCUUUUCCGUCUCAAUUUCAUUUUUUUGUUUUUGUUUCGUUGAGGUGUGAUCAAAUAGUUUUUAUCUGAACACGUGACUAACCUUGUAAAUAAAUGCUCUUCAUAAACUACUAUAAGUUACUGUCAGAAAAUAUGAUUGCACAUACUGCUUUACGUAAUAUAUUACAAAAAAUAAAUAAAAA